AUGUCCUUGACCAUGCUCGUAGCGAGGGCCGAACGCAGCGGCGUCGUGCCCCAACCCCUCAUCGAACAGCUCAACGCCAACGGCUCCACCGAUCUCAAGAAGAUCUGGAUUACCCUUGCCGCCUUCUCCGCCCUUUCUCUCUUCACCCUCAUCUCUUUCCAGAUUCUUCGUCCUAACAACAAGAUCGUCUAUGCACCCAGAUACAAGUAUGCCGAAGAUGGUAGGGCUCCACCCAAGGCGUCCGAAAGCUUCUUCGGCUGGCUUCCACCCAUUCUCAAGUACAAGGAACACGAUCUCUUGCCUCUCAUCGGUCUCGACGGUGUCACUUUCUUACGUUUCAUCCGCAUGAUGCGUUGGAUGCUCACCACGCUCGCCCUUCUUAUGUCGCUCGUCCUCAUGCCAGUCGAUAUUGCUUACAACUCGCGCAACGGCGGCAGCAACCUUGUCACCAAUAAGCUCAACUAUAUCAACAUGUCCAAUGUUCACGGCACCUACAUGUGGGCCCACGUCGGCAUGAGCUACGUCGGUACCAUCGUGGCCCUCUCCUUCAUCUGGUACCACUAUCGCGAGAUGGUCCGUUUACGUUGGGCUUACUUCCGAUCCGAGGAAUACCAGACCAGCUUCCACGCCCGAACCUUGAUGCUCACCGACGUCAAGAAGCGCUACCAGGCCGAUGACGCGCUCGGUGCCGUCUUGUCCGAGCUGAGGAUGCCUUAUCCUACCACCGAAGUCCACAUCGGUCGUCGCGUUGGAGUCCUGCCAGAUCUCAUAGAAAAGCACAACGACCUUGUUCGCCAACUCGAACGCGUCCUCGCCAAGUAUCUCAAGAAUCCCAACCAGCUUCCCGCCAAGCGUCCCACCAAGACCAUCGGUGGCUUUUUGCGUAUUGGCGGUGAAAAGGUGGAUGCCAUCGACUACCUCACCAAUCAGAUCAACCGCGUCGAAGCUGCUGUCAUGCAUCAGCGCCAGACCAUCCGCCAAAAGCAGCCCGAGAUGUACGGUUUCGCCUCUCUUGCCGCUGUGCCCUACGCUCACGCCGCUGCCAAAGUGCUCAGGGGUAAGAAGCCCGGAGGAAUGCGCAUCCGCCUAGCUCCACCCCCGACUGGUAUCAUCUGGCAGAACUUGACCCGAUCUCGUUCCAGUCGUGCCAAGUCGAGCUUCUUCGGUUUUCUCAUGCUACUUGUCCUCUUCUUCAUGAACACCGUCCCGCUUAUCGCUGUUUCGCUGCUGUCCAACAUGGCAGGUCUCACCAGCAUCUCAUGGCUUGGCUGGCUCAAGGAUUGGCAAGGCAAGAGCUCCUUCACCUUUGCUGCCGUCUCCGGUCUUGGUGCUCCUAUCAUCAUGGGUCUCGCCGGUUUCUUCUUCCCCUUGGCAAUGCGCAGGAUCGCAAAGUACCGAGGUGUUCAGACACGCUACAAGCUCGACCGUCUCCUCAUCGGCCAGUACUUUGGCUUCCUCGUUAUCUCGCAAUUCCUCUUCUUCUCGUUGAUCGGUGUCGUGCUCUCACUCGUCUCGCAGCUUGUCGUCGAGAUCAACCACAACAGCGCACUUAACAUCAUCGAGAAACUCGGUCGUAAUGCCGCCUACGCUGCCAAACAGCAGUACCUCAACCAAUCCAACUAUUGGCUCACCUGGUUGCCGCUGCGAGGCUACCUCGCCGUGUUCGAUUUGGCUCAGGUGAUCAAGCUGCUUCUCGUCUGGAUUCAGAAGGUCUUCUUCGGUCGAACGCCGCGUGAUGUACGCGAGUACACCAAGCCACCCGUCUUUGACUACUGGAUCUACUAUGCCAACUUUCUCUUCAUGGCUGCCGUCGCCAUGAUUUAUGCUCCUCUCGCGCCUUUGGUUGUCAUCUUCUCCGCCGUCGUCUUCUGGGCCAAUUCGUUGAUCUACAAGUAUCAGCUCAUGUACGUGUUUGUCACCAAGCACGAGACCGGUGGUAUGCUGUGGCGACCCAUCAUCAACCGCUUGCUCGUUUGCAUUGGCUUCAUGCAGAUCAUCUUGAUCCUUGCCGUGGUGCUCGACACGCUCAACUACUAUCAGGCCAUCGCUGCGCUUCCACCCAUCCUGAUGCUGAUCGCCUUUAAGAUCUACUGCCGUCGCACGUUCGAUAGCCGCUUUGACUGGUACAUUCCCAACGAGGCCGAGAUCGCCACUUCCAAGAUUCAUGCCGGCGAUGCGCGCCACAACCGUUUGCAGCGUCGUUUCGGCCACCCUACACUUCAUUCGAAGCUUUUUACGCCAAUGGUACACGCCAAGGUCAAGCAUCUGCUUCCUCAAGUGUACAAGGGCCGUCUAGAUACCAGCACAGCUGUUGUCGACGGUCGAAAGGUCGAGACCGAGCAGGUGGCUGGUGGACUCAAGAUCGCUGCCAUCGAAGAGGAUCAGCUCGAGUACGAUCCUUCAAAGGACUCGGACGCGCGCUCCGUCAUGUCUGGCACUACGCUUGGCGGCAUGUCGAUGGUCAAAGGCGGAGUUGGUGUCGGCACGCCCGGCAGCAUGGGUGGACCUCAGGGAGACUACUUCCGAGAUCAGUACGCAAACUACAUGGCUGGUGGACCCAUGCAUGGCAACGAAGAGUUUGAGAUGUCCAACGUCACAGCUCGUGACAGCCGCGAUAACUUGCUCGAGAAGCAACAGCCAAGCGUCUACAGCGAAUCACUGGAAGGUACCCUUGCCGGGACCACGUAUGGUGGCAAGUCUUCGCCCGAGGCUGGUUAUGGUGCUCACGGUGCUCACGGUCACAACGGAGGCUACUCGACCCACUCGACCCCUGCUUACGAGUCCACGCUGCCCCAGCAAGCAGGCUACGUUGACCCCUACGGACAGAACGGACAGACAUACGCACCACGCAUGGGUCUCAAUCACAGCGCACAGGAUAGUCAGACGAGCUUAGGAUCCUAUGGCAAUCUGCUUUACGGCGGCAAUGCACCGACUGCUGCUCCUGGAGCGUACGACGCUCAUGGUCCGCAAAGUGCUUACGGUGGCGGACGAAUGGCGACACCAGCUGAAGCACAGCAGAUCUCGCCUGGCACCGUGAUCGCGCCCACCGCCACACAAUACCAGGUAGGUGGCUACACGGCAUCGCCCCCGCAAGCUCAACAGCCUCAGCGAUACAUGGGAGCCCCACCUAGUCGUCAGGCAUCGGCCGACUAUCCCUACCAGCAGCCAAUGGGCGGCUACGGACAAGCGCAGCAGCAUGCACCAGCAUACCAAGCUCACCCACAACAGCAGCGGCCCCCACAACAGAUGGGUGGUCAGCCGCGACAGCCUUACGCACCUGGUCAACAGCCAAAUGGAGCUAGCUACUACUCGCCACCUCACGGUCCGCAACAAGGUGGUCCUAACGGCUACCAGCGCUGA